AAGAUAUUUAUGUAGUGCAUUGGUAAGUUGCUAUCUUACCAAUGUUUUCCCUCGUUCAAAUGAAAUUCCGUGCAUUAUUGGUACUAUUAUCAAAAGUAUGGACGUGCAUAUGUUUUAUGUUCAACCGUCAAGUCAGAGCAUUUGUCCAGUAUCAACCUGUCAAAUAUGAACUGUUUCCAUUGUCACCGGUGUCACGGCAUCGCCUUAGCAUUGUCCAACGGAAGACAUUGGUCUUGGAUCUAGAUGAGACCCUAAUACAUUCACAUCACAAUGCCAUGCCCAAGAAUACCGUGAAACCCGGUACACCACAUGAUUUUACCGUCAAGGUAACAAUCGAUCGGCAUCCGGUGAGAUUUUUUGUGCAUAAAAGGCCGCAUGUUGACUUCUUUUUAGAUGUGGUCUCACAAUGGUAUGAUCUGGUUGUGUUUACAGCCAGCAUGGAAAUUUAUGGUGCAGCAGUUGCUGACAAAUUAGACAAUGGCCGUAAUAUAUUACGACGCCGCUAUUAUCGUCAACAUUGUACACCCGAUUAUGGUUCAUAUACCAAAGAUUUAUCAGCUAUUUGUAAUGAUCUGAAUAGGAUAUUUAUAAUUGACAAUUCUCCAGCAGCAUAUCGUUGUUUUCCCCACAAUGCUAUACCCAUUAAAAGUUGGUUUUCCGAUCCCAUGGAUAUUUCAUUAUUGUCAUUACUUCCAAUGUUGGAUGCCCUAAGAUUUACAAAUGAUGUCCGUUCAGUUUUGUCAAGAAAUUUACACUUACAUGGUUUAUGGUAGCAGAUUAAGAAAUUGAAAAUUUGGUGCUGUGACACUUGAACGAAUUU